CUGAAACUUCUCUCUCUAUUAUCGUCUUCUUCUCUCUUCUGUCUCUAACCACAGAACCCACAACCACCAUCCCCGCCGUUCUCUGCUUCUCCACCAUCGUCGCCGUUAUAUGUCAACACGACCAUCGCCACUGUUCUCUUCAGGCAGCAACACGCCGUUCUACACCACCACCGAAUCGCAACCCCAUCUCACCACCACCGGAGAAAGAGAUCAGCCCAUAGAGAACUCCGGCGCGGAGGUUCAACACACCACAACCACGAGGUUGUUGGUGGCCGGAGAGUUUCUGAGGGGAGAGAAAGAGAGGAACAAUGGUGGUGCUAGAGAGUAGAGAAACGAAAAAGUGGGUGUAAGAGGGAAACAAAAAAAAAUAAAAAAAUACCGUAUAAAAUACUAUGGUGUCUGUAUUGUGUUUAAUUUUUUGUGUUCAAUUAUCAUAACUGUUAAACUAAACCUUAAUGCUGCGACUUGCAUUGCGAAGAGUUUUAUCAUCAUCUUCUUCCCGGUUCAUUACCGGUUCGGCUUCUAAACCAAGCUUAUCAAUAUGGAGGCGAAAGAAAGAGUUGGGUAAAGAAGGUCUCAUCAUUACCAAAGAGCUCAAGAGACUCCAAUCCGACCCGGUUCGCUUAGACCGGUUUGUCCGGUCCAAUGUUUCUCGCUUGCUCAAGUCCGACCUUGUUUCUGUUCUCUUUGAGUUCCAUAGACAGGACAAUGUCUUUCUCUCUAUGAAGUUGUACGAUAUAGUGCGCAAAGAAAUAUGGUACCGGCCGGACAUGUUCUUUUAUAGGGACAUGCUUAUGAUGCUUGCAAGAAACAAAAGGGUGGAUGAAACAAAGAGGGUGUGGGAUGAUUUGAAAGGAGAGGGAGUUUUAUUUGAUCAGCAUACAUUUGGAGACAUUGUAAGAGCCUAUCUUGAUAGUGGUAUGCCCUCAGAGGCCAUGGACAUAUAUGAAGAAAUGAGACAAUCUCCCGAGCCUCCUCUGUCAUUACCUUUCCGUGUAAUAUUAAAAGGACUAAUUCCAUAUCCCGAAUUAAGAGAGAAAAUAAAAGAUGACUUUUUGGAGGUUUUCCCAGAUAUGAUCAUCUACGACCCUCCUGAGGAUUUGUUCGACGAUCAUGAGAAGCAUGAUGAUGAAUCUAAUUGUGACAUUUAUUGAGUCAGUGUUGGAUCUUUAUACACUUCCUCACAUCAAGGACCAGACAUUCGGAGCGGGAACAAAUUGAAUUUGAGCUAACUUUGGUUCCUUCGACACUAUUAUCUGCACUUAGCUGUAACAAAUUCUUUUUAUAGAGAUAUUGAAGCAUAUUUUUAUAUACUGAAGCAGCUUGAUGACAUGCAAUGCUGAGACCCGGUAGCUGCUAUUUCGAGUAAUCUCAUUUUUUUUUCGCUUUUCUCCAUUAAUCUCAGUGAUGAGAUUUUCCAAUUCUCUCUCAUCAUUGUACUUUAUACAUCUUAACAUUCACAGUUUGAAUGAGUAUUGGGAAGAGAAGUUGUUCAAUGUGGAAAUACACAUGCACACAUUUUUUUCUUUCUUUUGAUAACAA